AUGCCUUCCGCUUCUCAUGGCCUCCCUGAGGCCAAAGAAAAGUCCGUUACCAAUGCUACGGCGUCAGACGGCGAUGCUGGUCCAAAAGAGCUCAAGAACGAUACAUCUGAAGCCAUGGAUGAAGAGAGUAUUGGCGCCCUUCAGCAGAUCCUUAGCAGACGCCAGCAGAUUCUCAUGUUUACGCUUAUUUGGAUCUUCCAAUUCGCAAUGGCCUUCUCCUCAGGCAUAUUCCGCGUCCUGGCCCCUUACGUCACGAGCAGUUUUCAAAAACACGCACUUACGGCAACAACAUCGGUGGUCGCUAGUAUCGCGAGUGGCAUCAUCAAGCUUCCCUACGCGAGGCUCCUCGACAUCUGGGGCCGGCCGCAGUGCAUGACGGCCAUGGUGGUCUGCACGGUCGUCGGCACCGCCAUGAUGGCGGCCUGCCGCAACGUCGAGACGUACUGCGCCGCCCAGGUCCUCUACAACGUCGGGUACUACGGUAUCCAGUUCAGCAUGGUCGUCCUGAUCACGGAUUCCGUCUCCCUUCUCCAUCGGGGCUUCCUGCUGGGCUUCAUUUCCACACCGUCCAUCGUUACUAUCUGGGCGUAUGGCCCGGCUACCGAGAGCAUCCUCAAGACGAUCGGGUUCAGGUGGGGAUUCGGUAUGUGGGCUAUCCUCAUCCCCGUCUUCUACGCCCCUUUAAUGUUCAUCCUCUUCAAAUAUGACCGGCAGGCGCGGGAUGCCGGGCUUAUUGAAGAUGUGAAGCCUCGCGAGAACAGCUCGUGGUUCAACCGGGUGCUUUACUACUGCAAGGAGUUCGACGUCGUUGGCCUUGUCUUGGUGGGCUCCGGCUUGUGUUUGGUUCUGUUGGCGAUCAGCAUCUACUCCUACCAGACCCUUGGAUGGAAGUCGCCUUUGAUUAUUUCUUUCCUCGUCGUUGGAUUCUCGAUGCUUGUAGGGUUCUUGCUAUACGAAAAGUUUCUUGCCCCAGCAACGUUUCUCCCGUGGGCCGUGAUCAAAGACCGGACUGUUGUUUUUACAAACAUCAUGGCUGCCGCGCUGUAUACGUCAGAGUUCCUAUGCUCGGGCUACAUCUACUCGAUGCUCAUCGUUUCCUUCCACCAAUCCGUUACUCAGGCAGCGUACAUUAGCAACAUCUACCUCGUCGGUGCUUCCUUCUGGAACGUCCUUCUCGGGGUUGCGUUCCGAUACAACGGCCGUAUCAAGUACUACGCUCUUUUCAUGGGCAUACCUUUCUUCGUCCUCGGCCAGGGCCUCAUGAUCAGCUUUGACAUGACGAGCCCGUCGAUCGCCCUGAUGGUGGUUUGCAAGAUCCUCAUCUCGUUCGGCGGCGGCACAAUCUACCCCAUUGAGCACAUGACGCUCAUGGCCGUCUCGCAGGCCCACUUUCCAGCGUUGCCCUCGUUGGAGUCAUUGAUCGUGGACAUGGGCAAGGGUGCAGGAUCCGCCAUCGCGACGGCCAUCUGGACGUCCUUGUUUCGGCAGAAGCUCGCCAAGAAUCUGCCUGUGUCCGAGAUGAAGCACCUCGCCGAGAUUUACGGCGACUUGAAUAAGCAGUCUUCGUAUCCUAUCGGCAGCGAAGCCAGGACUGCUAUUAACCGAUCUUAUGGCGAGACUCAGCGUAUCAUCUUUAUCUCAGCAACUGCACUCCUCGCUGUUGCGUGGGGCGCCGUUGUGUUCUGGAGGGAUAUUGAUGUCAAGAAGUCAAGAACGAGUAAAAAGGUGUGA